GAAGUCAGAGACCAUUACUUAUCAUUUUAAAUAUAUUUUGCAAAUCAUAAUUUUAAACAUAUUUUUCAUAUGUAUUCAUAAUAUUUUUGCGCACAAAAAAAGACUGUUGCUGCCUUUCAUGUUUUUAAAAAUGUUCCUCAUGAAAUGUAAUGUAAAAAAUAGCUACUUACUGAGAGUCACUUUCCUGCAAAUCAAUGAAUAAUUCUUUUGUAAUGUAACAUUCAGUGUCAUAAAGGAAAUAGGUCAAUAAAUGUGGUGCUUUCCCCAGGAGGCUCUGACACAACUUCCUGAAUUUCAGUUUCAUCACAGCUUCUGAGCAGUGUGGGUUUUUGCCAAAAAGUCCAAAGACUCCAAGCACUCCAAGAACAAGAUUAAAAAAAAGAUUUGUCCAGCAUGCCCUAUCACAUAAGGAUUGUAUGCUGAACUUUUAUACCUAAAAUAUACAGUACAUGACAGUUGAAGUACUUUGUGGUUUUCUUUUUCAGAGAAUCGGAAAGUAUGGGUUUCCAAAACGUCACUGAACCACAUGGUUUGGUUAACGCCUUUUUUUGCGUUGUAGCAUGUAAUUGGUGAUAGAUUCAAAGAAAUGAGGCCACAUCGUCAUAGGCAGUUACAUUAAAAACCAUAAAGGAAGUGGUGUUUAGUAGAGACAACAUGCUGCCUGAGAUGAAGAACAACUAAACAUUGUGGCUUCCUUCCAGAUUUUAUCAACUGACAGGUAGCAUGUCUUGUCUGCAAGACAGCUUUACCUAAUAUUCUUCCUGCAAUCUGGAUCACCUUUGGCAAACGCCCCUUUGCUCAAAUUCAGUUGUCUGAGUCCUGUUAGGAUCCAACAAGCUUCCAACACAGAAAGACUAUAUUCAACACAUUAUCAAGGUUUUUUGCAAUGACAAUCUAAGCUGGAACACCUCCUUCUAAAAAUGAAGUCUGAAAAAGGUCCUAUUAUGGAGGAUGAAAGUUGUGUGGUAAAUGACAAGAUGAUGCCAUUUGCCACAUUCUACAUCAUUGUUUUCCUGAUAGGGAUGGCUGGAAGUCUGGUAGCACUCUGGGCAUUUAUACAAAGUAGAAACUCUAAGAAGUGCAUGAAUGUCUACCUGAUCAAUCUUCUUACCUCAGAUUUCUUACUGACAUUGGCACUGCCAGUUAAGAUUGCUAAAAACUUUGGCGUGGAAUCUCAGAGACUAACAAUUUUCCACUGUCAAGUCAGUUCACCGCUCAUCUACAUUAAUAUGUAUGCAUCUAUCAUAUUUCUGGCUUUUGUCAGUGUACACCGUUACUUACAGAUUACUCAGAGCUCCAAACUCUUCCGCCUACAGGAGGUCGGCUUUGCGCUGGUGAUGUCAUCUGUAGUCUGGCUUCUGGUGCUCUUCAUCAAUGUCCCCAACAUGGCUAUCCCAAUCAAGGACAAGAUUUCUAACAGCACUUUAAUAACAUGUAAAGACAUUAAGCAGGAUGUUGGCAAGCACUGGCACACACUUUCAGUUUUUCUGGGCAUGGCAAUUUUCAUGAACGCGUCUGUGGCUGUGCUUAUGUCCAAUGGCCUGGUGCUAAGACAUCUUUGGGGCAAACGUGGAGGAAGCCCUGAGGAGCAGGCCACUGCUCACCAUGCCACUCGAAAUAUCGCGAUGGUGACAGUGGUUUAUGUCAUCUUCUUUGUACCAUAUCAUGCUGUUCGAAUGCCUUAUACAUUUACACAGAAUGAAAUGAUCACUGACUGUGGUGUUAGGAAGCACUUAUUCUUAGCCAAAGAGUCCACUCUGCUUCUGGCCAUCCUAAAUCUGUGCUUUGAUCCAGUGCUAUACUUUUUUUUCUGUCCCUCAUUCAGACAUCAGAUAACACAGGUUUUUACUAAAAGGAAAAGUCAAGACCAAAACCAUGAAUCUGACCCAGAUCAAAAGCUACAACUUGAGCCAGUUUCAUAAGAAGGAGGAAUAGAUUUAAAAUAAAAUAAAACAUUAGUGUGAAACAAAAUGUCUUUUAUUACCCACAGACUGUCAGGGUUUAUAAAACCAAACCAAUAUCCAGCUAAAUACUGAACAAGGGAUGUAUUGUGUUCUCUCAAAUAAGUAAAAAAAAAAUUUUUUUACCAGGUAAGAAUGUAAAUCCUUAACAUAAUGC